AUGGGGUCAAUGAAUUAUAAUAGAGAAGAAGGGAAAGCAGCAGAGAAAGACAAGGAAGCUGUGGAAGAAGAAGAAGGUGACAAAGAUACUGAGAAAGUUACUGGAGAUUCUGCGGAAGAAGCUGAAAAAAGUGAGAAUGAUGAGCAAGAGGAUGAUGAAGAAAAGGCUGAGGAUGAUGAAAAAAAGGAGAGCAGUGAUAAUGAUGAGCAAGAGGAUGAUGAAAAAAAGGCUGAGGAUGAUGAAAAAAUGAGAACAGCUGAGAGGAGGAGAGUAGAGACGGAUGCAGCGUGGAGGAGAAUUCUUUUUGAAUCUGACAAUGAUGAAGAUGUGAAGAAGAAAGAGGCUGAAAAUGAAUCCGAGGAAACUCCUAAAACUCCAUGUGAUUUUGAAGAAGAGGAAGAAAAAACUGAGGAAAAUGAUGAGAAUUUAUUGGAGGAAGAGAAAAAAGAUGAGGAAGUUGUAGAGGAGAGUCCCAACGGAGAACAUGCUGAAAAAACGGAGGAAGAAGAAGCAAAACCCGAGGAAAAUGGUGAAAAAUACACUGAAGAAGAGAAGCAAGGCCGGUACAUGGUUGUUUACAAAGGAAGUGAAGAGAGGAAGGAAGCUAAGAAGAAAGCUGAGACUGAUGGUGGAGCUAAGAAGAGGGGCAGACCGAAGAAGGAUGAGACCGAUGGUACAGCUAAGAAGAAGGCUGAGACUGAUGGUGCAGUUAAGAAGAAGGGCAGACCAAGGAAGGAAUCAGCUACUCUGGUAGAAUGUACGCCAAGGAAGAAGAGAAAACCUCCGUGGCUACAGAGUCCCUUCACGAAUGUGAAGACCGAAGACAUUGAAGGGCCGACGGAGAAGCGUAAAACAAAGGCUUAG